AUGGAGGCCCCACUGGUGAGUCUUGACGAAGAGUUUGAGGAUCUGAGGCCCUGUUGCUCUGAGGACCCAGAGGAAAAGCCGCAGUCUCUUUAUGGCUCAUCUCCUCACCACCUGGAGGACCCUUCUCUCUCUGAGCUUGAGAAUUUUUCCUCCGAAAUAAUCAGCUUCAAGUCCAUGGAGGACCUGGUGAAUGAGUUUGAUGAAAAGCUCAAUGUCUGCUUUCGGAACUACAACGCCAAGACAGAGAACCUGGCUCCGGUGAAGAACCAGUUACAGAUCCAAGAGGAGGAGGAAACUCUUCAGGACGAGGAGUAA